AUGGAGAGCAAGAAGCGGGCGGAGCGGCGCAGGGCGUGUGAUCUGCGGAAGAAGGCCGCCGCCGCCGAGGAGGAGCGGGUGCGGGCAGCGGAGCAGCUCCUCGAACUCCAAACGCUCGCGAAGACCACUCUCCUUCAAGAGCAGCAGGCGCAGGCCAUGCUCUUUUACGGCCACGCAGCGCUCGGCCAGCACAUGAUCAUCCCCGGCACCGGCGCGGCCUCGCGGGGGAGCUCGGCCUCGUCCGUGACCCGGCCCCUUCCUCCAAGGUCAACUGCCCCACCGACUGCCCCGUUUGGGCACGAAAUGGGGGCGCAUUCGAGGCGGCAGGCGUACCGGUCCACGGGAUGGGUCACCGGAGGCCCCAAGAACCUGGGAGCAGCUGCGAUGGCCGGUGCACGCAACCUGUUCGACGAUAUGUCGGCCGCGCGCGCGCAGUCACCGUCCACCAUGCAGGCCCCUCCGUCUUUCGCGCAGACAAUGCCGACGACCCUGCCAUAUCCUUCGACACAGCAGGCUCCCCAGCCACCUCCCAUUGACACACAGGAGGGCACAACUGCCGGUCCCGGCAGCAUAAACAUCGCGGAGGAGCCGUUGUUCGGUGAGGGCCUCACACAAGCCGCAGCUGCACAAGCUCGAGCCCGCCGGGUAAGCAAACGAACCGCCAACUACACGGAGAAGGAGGACAAGGUGCUCGUCGAUGGAUGGUUGACCAUCGGGCAAGAUGCGUUGACGGGUGCCGAGCAGAAGGGGACCGCAUUCUGGCGCCGGAUCUAUGAAUACUUCCAUGAACAUCGCAAAUAUGGACAGGAGCCAUUUGAGAGCGACCGCAGCGAAAUAUCGCUCCAAAAGAGGUGGGGAGCAAUUCAAACGGAAUGCAACAAGUUCCAGACGGCGUAUGAUCACGCGAAGCGGGUCCCCGUUAGUGGCAUGGGUAUGAAGGACUUGGUGUGGCGAGCUUUGGAAUUCUACAAAGUCAACAAUGGAGAGAAGACCUUUGCCUUCCCUCAUUGUUGGAAGGAACUCCACGGCACCCCCAAGUUCCAGGAGGGGUACGAGGGGUACAUGGCGACCUUGACUGGCAACAAUCCCGCCAAAGAUGCCACUGUCAUUGACCUUGAUGGUGGGCAGCCUUGCGGUAGCUCCGCUUCUCGUGCAAGUCGUCCACGCGGCCACAAGUCAACCAAAGCCGACAUGAAGCGUGAUGCUUCGUCCAUGCUAUUGUACGGCACUUUGAAGGAGAUGCAUGCGGACAGAGAGGUGUCCACGGACAAGAGGGAUGAGAGGAGGCGCCGGGAGAAAGAAGAGGACAGGAAGAAAUUCUUUGAUGUCCAGCAGAAGAAGCUUGAGAUUGAAGAGGUCAAGGCCAAGACCAAAGCUAAAGAACUUGAGGUCAAAGAGAGAGAACUUGAGCUCAUAGCAAUGGCAAGGGCCAAAGAGGUGGAGCUGAAGGCGAAGGAAGUUUCAAAUCCUAAAGGAUUCAACUGGUCAUGA